AUGAGAGGCAAAACUUAGGAAUCAGAACUAAAUUAAAUUAGUUCUUCACAUAUCAUAAAAUAUAAUAAAAUAAAUAUGGGAAAUUGUAAAGGAUAAUGUUAUUAAAAGAGUCUGAGUUAAACAAAUAAUAUUGAUUGUACAAAAUUAGUGAUUGUUGUAAAAACUUGGCAGAAAGAUGCCUUUUCAUUAUUUGAUUAUGAGAACGCUACAAAUGUGCAGGAAUAAAAAUUUAUUGUAUUAUUUAAUAAAUUACUCUUUAAGAUAAAUAGUGGAGGUUAUUUAGUAGGUCGUAAUUAAAUAGAAUGGAUUGAAAAUGAUUCAAUUAUAAAGGAUGAGCUUUGUAAAAUAAAGAAAAAAAAUGAAANUAUGCAUUCUUAAUAUUUUUUUAUUUUUAGACUAUUACGCUUCCAUCAAUUUUUUUUAUUCUGA